AUGAGCAGCACCCCUUCGCAGAUCCCGGUUCCGAAAAAAUCACUUCGGUCGCGAAUGGGCGGCGUAAUACGGCGCACAUCGUCUGCGCUUUCCCUGCCAAAGUCGAAAUCUGGCUCGACAGACGAUAGCAGCAGCAACACCCGCCGCUCGUCAGUAGGCACUAUCUCCAAGAACGCUGACGCCAAGCGGUCGUCGUCGUCGUUGAUUCGGCGGGGCUCUGAAGCCAAAGAGAGCCAGCCGCAGGAUGUUAUCAACAUCGAGCCAACGACUAUUCCCCAGGCGGAGCCCGCGGAAGUCGCCUCUGCUAAUAACUCCGUGCCCAUUUCCCCCACCACAAUGGUCGAGCCGAUUGUCGUGCUCCCGCCAGCCAACGGGGACAUCCAUGACCCAACGAAAUCGUCGCCGGUAGUGAAGCGACUUCUCCCCGUCCUCGCCCACUACCAAAUGCACCCUUCUCCCAUCUCGGAGUCGCCUAUCCGCGAGGCAGCCGCCAAUGCUGAAGAGGCAGCAGAGAGCAAUCCACAAGUCCAGCCGUCACCCUUGGCCAACGUCGUGGCUGCUGAUGCCCCGGCUAUGGAGGACGAGCCUACACCCGCUGUUUCGGCUCCGCUGGUGUUUGAUGACGCCGACAUGGGAGUGCUGACGGAUGAGCCGCAAGACAUGCAUGUGGAGGAAGUUAUUGUUAUUCCGGUCGUCGAGCAGCCAGGGGCUGAAUCCGCGCCUGAUCCAUCUUACUUCGAGUUGGUUCCCCCACCCGCUGCUGACACGGUUGCGCUGGAGUCGACGGUCAUCGUUGCUGUGCCUAUUCCCGAUGACACAGUCGAGCCCACUCAAGAGUCGCAUUCGCCUCUUCCUAGUCACACAUUCGUGGAGCCCACUCAAGACUCGCAUUCGCCUCUUCCGGAUCACACAUUUGUUGAGCUGACCGAAGAGUCCCAGCCGCCGCUUCCCGAUGUCCCCGUUGCCGAAUCUGUCUUGAACGCGGACAGCAAACCCUCUGACGAGUUGAAGGACAAGGAGACUGUUCCCCCGCCUGCAACUCAAUCGACCAGCUCGGCUGUUCACACAGCGCCAGAAUCCGUAGCUAAUGGGAAGAUGCCUGCCAACGCAACGACCUCCAACGCCCCUCCCCCUUCCGUUGCCGAAGAGGUCCAACCUGGUGGUUGGUGGGAGACAUGGGCCGCCAGCAUCUACAACUGGCUGUGGCUCCUGUGGUCCAAUGCCGGCAGCACCAGCCGCUGCGAGCCCCCGAAGUCGACCUGA